UUUCACUUUCUGGCCUUGACUCCUCACUGUGUGAGCUCCAGGAGAAGAGGGUUUACCAGAGUCAGAAUGAUCACUGAUUCUUUUUUACCCAAAAACAAAUGCCGUGUUUACAGUUUUAUCAUUUCAGACCACCUUAGCUCUGAGUUUACAGCUCAUUUUCUUCUCCCUCCUUCCUCUUCUCCCUUCCCCACCAUUAAACUUCUCCUAAUUCUAGCUGGGGUUUCCAUUUUUGUCCAUUUCCCAUCUUCUUGAGCUCCAAAUCUUCCUGUUUCGUUCAAAUCUCACUUUGUUCAUUCAUUCAACUUCUGGGUCUUCGCCUUUCUUUCAUAUAACUCGCACUGUAUAGAGAUUAUGAUCUCCUUGCUUGUUUUUUUUCAUUGGGUUUCUUUUUCUGACUUACCCACAUAGAGUUUGAGUUUCCCCUUUCUCUUUUUGCUGAAUUUUGAUUGAGUUUUGUCUCCCACCAGUUUCUGUUAUUGACUGUUGAGCUCACUAUCUUUUAUCGGCCAAAUUUGUAGCUGGAAUUCAAUGGUUUGGUCAAUGAAUCCUGUACGAAUUUGGAGUUUGUUCUUCCUUCUGUACUUGGCUAUUCUUCUUCAAGAUCACUCUCUCUGUUCCUCUUAUCCCACGCCCUUAACUUGUACGGAUACAACUCGCUUGUGCUCCUCGUUUUUGGCCUUCAAGCCACAGCCUAAUGAGACCGUCUCUGUGAUCCAGAGUAUGUUCGACGUAUUGCCAGAAGAUGUCACCGUCGAAGGCAAUGGCCGGAACUAUGUGUUCAUCAGGAAGAACUGCUCCUGCGCCUCUGGGUUGAAGAAAUACAUAACAAAUACAACUUUUACCAUCAAAUCGAAUAGCGGCUAUGUUUAUGACUUGGUCAUGGACGCGUACGACGGCCUUGCCCUGCUGCCCAAUACGACCCGAAUGGCCAGAAACGGCGCCGUUGUGUCCUUGAGGCUGUUCUGUGCCUGUUCGAGCGGGCUGUGGAACUAUUUGAUGAGCUAUGUAAUGAGAGAUGGCGACACCAUCGAGUCUUUGGCGAGUCGAUUUGGGGUCAGUAUGGAUAGCAUUGAAUCGGUGAAUGGAAUUGAAAAUCCUGACAAUGUCACUGUGGGUGCUUUGUAUUAUAUUCCCUUGAAUUCGGUUCCUGGCGAUCCUUAUCCUGUGGAGACAGACAUUUCUCCUGCCCCUGCCCCUUCAUUUUCUCAAAACAAUUUCUCAGAUAUUGCAGAGAACCCCAAGCGUCACCCUCCUUAUAUAUGGAUUGUUGGAAGUUUGGGAGUUAUUCUUAUUCUGAUUUUACUAGGCAUAGUAGUUUAUGCUUGCUUCAGGUGGUUGAAAUGCUUUUCUAGACCUAGGAGUAGCCACUCCAAAGAUCCCAGUGGCAAGACAUCCCACAAAUUCCACAUUCUUGGGAAGUCAAGUUUCUUUUGUGCUUCAGGAAGGUAUAUUUGUUGCACUUCUGCAGAUUGGAAACAAGCCAAUGGGGAAUCUAGCGAUAACCAGAGUGCAAUUCCGAAAGCUAUCGAAAGCAAUGUAUUCGAUGUAGACAAACCUGUGGUUUUCUCAUGUGAAGAAAUCUUUUCCUCCACUGACGGUUUCUCUGAUUCAAGUCUACUUGGCCAUGGAACUUAUGGUUCAGUGUAUUAUGGCCUCCUGCGUGACCAGGAAGUUGCUAUAAAAAGAAUGACUGCAACGAAAACUAAAGAGUUUAUGGCAGAGAUGAAAGUCCUCUGCAAGGUCCAUCAUGCGAACCUGGUAGAAUUGAUUGGUUAUGCAGCCAGUGAGGAGGAGCUUUUUCUUAUUUAUGAAUAUGCUCAAAAAGGUCCACUCAAAAGUCAUUUACAUGAUCCGAUGAACAAGGGUCAUACGUCACUAUCUUGGAUUAUGAGACUCCAAAUCGCUCUCGAUGCUGCUAGAGGUCUUGAAUACAUUCAUGAGCAUACUAAAACUCAUUAUGUCCAUAGAGAUAUCAAGACAAGCAACAUCUUACUUGAUGGUUCUUUUAGGGCAAAGAUUUCUGACUUUGGGUUAGCCAAACUUGUUGGAAAAACAAAUGAAGGUGAGGCUACAGUUACCAAAGUUGUUGGUACAUAUGGUUAUCUCGCUCCCGAAUACUUAAGUAACGGUCUUGCCACAACCAAAAGUGAUGUUUAUGCUUUCGGAGUUGUUCUUUUUGAGCUUAUAUCUGGAAAGGAGGCAAUUAUACGAAUUGAGGGCACAACUAUGAAAAAUCCUGAAAGACGAUCGCUAGCAUCCAUUAUGUUAGCUGUUCUUCGAAACUCUCCCGAUCCUAUGAAUAUGGCAAGUCUGAAAGAUCAAGUUGAUCAAAGCAUGAUGGAUUUGUAUCCUCAUGACUGUCUAUUCAAGGUGGCCAUGUUGGCUAAGCAGUGUGUAGAUGAGGAUCCCAUCCUACGACCUGACAUGAAGCAGGUCGUAAUAUCCUUGUCGCAGAUCCUACUGUCUUCGGUCGAGUGGGAAGCGACUCUGGCUGGUAACAGCCAAGUUUUCAGUGGUCUUGUCCAAGGAAGAUAGUUGUGGAACAACUUCAGCUCAACUCAUCACUUUGCCAUCUUCACUUUUAGCCCAUUUAACCUCUACUACUGAUUCAUCUUCCCUCAAUGUAAAGCAGCAGCAGCUCGAAUGCACUCAAUGCUUUUAAACGCGGUAUCAUUCCACAUUGCUGCACUGUAAAUUUUUGCCCGUGGCGUUCGCUUCCUAUUCCCGGGAUGGGGCUAAUAUAGAGCUUUUUGAGCUUUCCUAGUACAAGAAAAGAACAAUUAUGUUGAAUACUCCCCCCCUCUCUCUCUAAAGGCCACGGAUGCAUCAUUUAUUAUGUUCAAGCUGAAUUAUUUGAAUGUCCGACAUCAGGAGUCAAAGCAGAAAGAAAGGGUGCAAGUUUUAAAGUCGAGCAGAGAAAAGUAUUAAAUGUACAUUAUUUUUGUUGUUUUGAAUGAGCACUCAAUCAAAAAACAGAUGGGAAGGCAAGGAAUAAGCCAUAUAUCAACAAAAGUUUCUGGUUCCAACUUAGUUGAGUGCCCAGGAAUUACAAGUCUUUUAAACCUCA